UUUUUAUAUGUAUAAUUUGUUUAUUUAAAUAAUUAUUUAUCUUGUUUAUUUCUAAUUGAAAAAGAAACACCAUAAAAUUUCCUCCAUUUUCUUAAGAUUCAAGAUUCAUUUUCUUGAGAUAUUAAAAGUGUUUUAUUUAGAAAUUUAGAUGAUGAAAAAAUGGUGAGACAUAAUAAUCGUUUACCAGAGAAUCUUCCACAAUUACAAAAUCUUAUUAAACGAGAUCCUGAAUCUUAUAAAGAAGAAUUUCUUCAACAGUAUCAACAUUAUAAAUCCACUUUGGAAGUUUUUUGUUUAAUACCAAAUAAGUUUAAUAAAAAUCUUGAUGAAUCAGUCACUUUUUUAGCACAGGUGGCUCAUUGUUAUCCAUAUGUGUUAGAAUCAUUUCCUCAAGAAAUUAUUGAUGUAUUAAAAACCUAUAAUAUGGUACUUGAUAAUGAUAUGCGACUUACAUUUUGUAAAGUUUUAAUACAACUACGUAAUAAAUCUCUCUUAGAACCCACUGCUCUUUUGAGUUUGUUUUUUGAACUUUUAAGAUGCCAAGAUAAAAAUUUAAGGCAAUUUCUUGAAACACAUAUUAUUACUGAUAUUAAAAAUGUGAAUUCUAAACAAAAAAAUGCAAAAAUUAAUACAACUCUACAAAAUUUUAUGUUUUCAAUGUUGAAAGAUUCUAAUGUAAAGGCUGCAAAAAUGUCUGCAGAUAUCAUGAUAAAAUUGUAUAAUAAAAAUAUUUGGAAUGAUGCGAAAACGGUAAAUGUCCUAGCAACAGGUUGUUUUGUUAAAGCAACUAAAGUUAUGGUUGCUUGCUUAAAAUUCUUUCUGGGAACAGAUCCAGAAGAACAAAUAAGUGAGGAAACUGACAGUGAUAAUGAAUCAAAUAUUAAAGAAAUUAUGAUGGCUAAUAGAGUAAAUAAAAAAACAAAAAAACGAAAUAAAGAAUUAGCUAGAGCAAAACGAUUAUUAAUGAAAUCUAAAAAAAAAGAGAUGAAAACAUUGAGAUUUAAUUUUUCGGCAUUACAUUUAAUUCAUGAUCCACAGGAUUUUACAGAAAAAUUAUUUAAACAAUUGGAAAAAAAUAAUGAUAGAUUUGAGAUUAAAUUAAUAACAUUGGAUGUAAUUUCAAGACUUAUUGGUUUGCAUAAUUUAUUUCUAUUAAAUUUUUAUCCUUAUUUACAAAGAUUUUUACAACCACAUCAAAGAGAAGUAACAAAGCUUCUACAAUUUGUCGCUCAAGCAUCUCAUGAACUUAUACCACCUGAUAUAUUAGAACCAAUUUUGAAAACGUUAGCAAACAAUUUUGUUACAGAACGUAAUUCAGCAGAUGUCAUGGCCAUUGGAUUAAAUGCGAUUAGAGAAAUAUGUAUACGAUGUCCUUUAGUUAUGAAUGCAGAUUUAUUACAAGAUUUAGCGCGAUACAAAUAUUACAAGGAACGAAGUGUAAUGAUGGCUGCACGUUCUUUGAUUGCUGUAUUCAGAAAUUCAAUACCUGAAUUAUUGCAUAAAAAAGAUAGAGGACGUCCUAUAGAAGCAACUAUUACUUUAAAUAUUCCAAAAUAUGGUCAAACGUGUACUAAUGAUUUUAUACCAGGAGCUGAAGUUUUACUUGACAAUGAAUUUGACAAAGUUAAAGAAAUUUCAAAAAAUAAGAUUAAAGAUAAUAUUAGAAAGGAUGAUUGGAUAAAUGUAAUCAAUGAUGAAAAUUAUGAUGAUAGUAACAAUGAUAAUGCUAAUGAUAGUGACAAUGAUAAUGAUAAUGAUAAUAAUUAUGAUUAUGAUGAUGAUGAUGAUGAUGAUAAUGAUGAUGAUGAUGAUGAUGAUGAUGAUGACGACGAUGACGACGAUAAUAAUGAUAACAACAGUGAUAUCAAAACUGAUAAUAAUAAUGAUCAUGAUGUUUUUUAUGAUAAUGAUGAAUGUGGCAAUGGUGAUAAUAAUGAAAAAAAAGAAAAGAAAAAAGAGUUGGAAGAAAAGAAUCUGUUAACAAAAUUUGAAAAAAAACAAUUAAAAAUAGAAAAAAAAGAAAACGCAAAAUUGAAAAAAAAAGAUAUGAUCAUAGCAGAAAAAAGAGAGAAAGCAGUUUUGAUAUCUAAUGAACGAUUAUUAAAUGAUGAAGAUUUUAAAAAAAUAGAUACGGCAUUAGCAAAACAACAAAUAACAUAUGCUAGUUUAAAGAGAGUUCAUUCUAGUGAAAGAGAACAUGGGGAUUUUGUUAAAUUGAUUGAUAUAGAAAAUAUUUAUAAAAAACGAAAACAUGAUAAACAAACUCGGAUUGAAUCUGUGAAGAAAGGACAAGAAGGAAGAGAAAGAUUCGGUUAUAAAGAUGGACGACAAAAUCCACUUUGUAGUAAAACAAAUCGUGAGAAAAAAAAAACCAAAGCUUUUCAAAUGUUAAAGCAUAAAGUAAAAGGAAAAGUAAAACGUUCUUUCAAGGAAAAACAAAUUGCUUUGAGAAAUCAUUUAUUGAGGCAACGAAAAAUGAAAUAAUAUAUACUCAUAAACAUUAUGUUGUAUGUACGUAGAAAAAUAAAUAUAUAUAUAUAUAUAUUAAUAUAUUCGUGGAAUUCCUUUGGAGAGACUUUACACAU